AUGAAAACCAGAAUAAUAGCGUCGCAUCCUCGAUUUGUCAAUCUGAAACAGUUCAACGAUAUUGAUGAACUACCAAUUAAACAAAAUCAACACGGAGAAACAUGUAUUAAUGGUCUCCAGUUAAAACAAGCAUUUUGCCCGACACAUUCAUUUCAGUUUCUUCCAACUGCACUGUUGACAACCACAGGUGAAACAAUGUCGAGUAGUGCUAGCGCCUGUACUCAAAUCACACUAAAUGGCGAUGGACAGUCUUCACUUGCGCAACAAUUUCAACAAACAUUGAAUUCAAUUCAAACUCUACGUUUGAAUGAAAAUGUCGAUGAUUUCAAACAAAAGUAUAUUAAAAUAGCUGACAAAUUUCGACAAGGGGUUGAUCAAGAAGGGCAUUUCUAA